AUGGAUCUUAGUGAAAAUGAAAUAGUAUUUUCAAAACAACUCAAAACCUUUAAAUCAUUAACAUCCCUUAUUGUUUCAAACAAUAAAUUAACAGAAAUACCAAUUUUUUUUUCUGAGUUAACAAAUCUUAAAAAACUUGAUGUUAGUAGGAAUCAGAUAGCUUUAAUUCCCCAAAUAUUAACCGUUCUUAAAGACUUACAAGAUUUGAAUAUUUCUAAUAAUAGAAUUACAGAAAUUCCAUUAUUUAUUGAUUCAUUUGAGAAGUUAAGACAAUUUGAUUGUUCAUAUAAUGACUUAGAUCAUUUACCAAAGGCUCUUGUUAAUAUGAAAAUUAUUAAUUUUAGACUUUCAGGAAAUAAAUUUGAUAAUGUCCCAACUCCAAUUCCUCAAAUGAGUUUAUUAACACACCUUGAUCUUUCAGAAAAUCAAAUUACAAGUAUUCCUGAAGUCUGUAGACAACUUUCUCAACUUCAAAUCCUUGACCUUCAUUCUAACUUGAUUGACUCUUUCUCAUCAAAGGUAUUUGAAAAAAUGACAAAGAUGACGAAAUUAAAUCUCAGAGAUAAUCCAUUUAAAGUAAUUCCUGAAAUUAAUUCUCUCAUUCAUUUAAAAGAACUUUAUUGUUCUAACAUUACUGAUCCAAUUGAUAGAAAGUUCCCUUCUGUUUCAAUAAACAAUGAAUUAGAAAAUAUAGAAUUGAUUAACAGUUCAAUUGAAGAGUUUCCAUCAUUACUCAAUCUCACUAAAAUGACAUUAUUAUAUCUUCAUAAAAACGAAAUUACAUCAAUUAAAGACAUUCCAAGAAGAUGUUCUGUUGACGCUUCAUUCAAUAAAAUUUCAGAAAUCACAAUACAAAAAUAUGCAGAUUUACCAGUAUUAAAGUUAGACCAUAAUAAAUUUAUUCAAACACCUAAUUUAUCACAAUGUGAAAAAGUUCAAUUAUUAGACCUUUCUUAUAAUAACAUAAGUACAAUCAAUGAAUUUACAUUCCACACGUCUAUUGAACAAUUAAUAUUGAAUAAUAACCCAUUGAGAAUACCACCAAUAGGAAUUACUAAAUGUUCACAUUUGACAUUAUUAUCAAUGUCUAAUUGUGAAAUAUAUUCUAUUCCAAUUGAUAUAGUUAGUGGAUUUUGUAAUUUGAAAAUAUUAGACAUAUCAAACAAUCAUAUUAUUAGUUAUGAACAUUUUGAGUAUUUAAAUAAAUUAGAAGAAUUACGAGCAUCAUCAAAUAAUAUGAGUUUUUUCCCAAAAGAGUUUUGUGAAAUGAGUCAAAUGAAAGUAUUAAUAAUGAACAAUAACAAAAUUAAAGUAAUUCCAGAAAGUAUCAAAGAAUUACAACAAUUAGAGAGUCUUGACUUAUCUUAUAAUCAAAUUAGAGAAUUUAAUGUAUUAGAAUUAAAUAAAAAAUUGAAAGAAUUAAAUUUGUCAUUUAAUCUAAUUAUUGAAUAUCCAAAUCUUUCUCAAUGGGAUCAAUUAGAAGAGUUUAAUAUUAUUGGCAAUUCAUUAGUUAAUUUCUUUGGACUUGUUCCUUAUUGUAAAAAGACUAAAAUAAUUGCUGCAACAUAUAAUAUUCAGAGAAGUAAACAACCAACAUUAGAACUUACUGGAAUAUUAGACGAUAAAUUAAUAAAGAAAAUACCUGAAAUUGUUGCAAAUGCUAAUGAAUUUAAAUCAAAGAAAGUAGGUUUAAAAUUAUUACAAACUCCAAAAGAAGAAAUGUUAUUCAACAUUGAUUCUUAUAAAAUUAUUGGAAUUGGUAUUUCACGUGGAAAUGAAAAGUCUAUGAAAAGUACUAUUUGUGUUGCAAGAAAUAUUUUUACAAAUGGAAUUAUUGUUGGAAGUUUUGAAGGUAUUUUAGGAGGAAGAAGUGCUAAAUUAUGUUCAUAUAAAUUUGUUGAUUAUUUCUUAAAUAAAGUUGGUAAUAAAGUAGUACAAGAGAGUAUAGAAGAAUCAUUAAUUUCAACUUUCCAACGACUUAAUGAAAAAGUAAAAGAAAAGAAUGUGAAUGAUGUAUGUAGUGGAUUAGUUUAUGUUUUUUAUAACAAAGUUAUAUAUUUUGCACAAUGUGGAAGUAUAAAAAGUUAUAUUAUUUCAAGUUCAAAUAUUAAAGAAAUAGGAUUUGAUCAUUGUUUAAGUAAUAAUGAAAUGAAAAAGAAAGUUAUGCAAAAAGGAGGUUUAGUUGAUAAUAAUAAUAUGUUAAAUGGAGUAAUUAAUGUUUGUAAAUGUAUUGGUGAAAGUAACUAUCAUAAUUUAUUAGAUACAACUCCUGAUAUAACAAAAAUAGAAUAUGAUAAUGAUUUUAAAUUUGUAUUAACAGCUUCAAAAUCAGUAUGGGAUGUUAUUGAUCAAAAUGAACUUCAAUCAAUUGUACUAAACUCUGCUCAUAUCCAACCACCAGGAAUAGCUAAUUUAAUAAGAAACAUUGCAUUAGAAAGACAAUGUAAAGGAAAUGUAAGUGUAACAAUUUUAUCAUUAGAUUCUUUCAUUGAAACAAAUAAUGAAGAGAAAUAA